AUGGAACCUCCGGAUUUGCUUUUUGCAGAUCCAAGGAAUUGUACUGACGAAAUGGAGCAGCCACCUGUGGAGAAGCUACUAAGUUGGCAAGAGAGGGAGCUAAAGAAAUGUGACGAGAAACUGGAACGCUGGGCACAGUUUGAAAGUGACUAUAAGCACCUCCACGACCGCCUCUCCACCAUAGCGGACAAAGUGUCACAUGAGGUCAUGGUUCCGCUGAAUUCCAUGGCAUUCAUGCCAGGUCGUCUCAUCCACACAAAUGAGAUCCUCGUUCUCCUGGGCGACAACUGGUUUGCUGUGCGUUCUGCAAAACAGGCUCAGGGCAUUGUGGAACGUCGACUUGCUCACUGCCGAGCGAUGCAGACUGAGCUUCACAAGGAACGAGACCAGUACCUCAAAUGGAUGAAAUUCACUGGCGACCUUUGCGACAAAGGUGAAUAUGUAGAUAUUCGGGAACCAUACGACCAAGCCGAGGAAGCAGCAUGGCGCGAAAAGCAUCGUCAGAGUCUGCAGGAGUACCAUAAAAACAAAUAUGCAACUUCAAAAGAUGAUGGUGGUGACCAGCAAAUAUGGGAAAUGUUAAAUCGUCUUGAACUGCAAGAAGAAAAUGAGUUGGCAUCCUCGGAAAACGAAGGGUCGAGGAAAGUGCGUUGGCAGGACGAGAGUAGUGGACAGAUUGAGUUCUCCUACAUAGACUCGAGUGUGUCGCAGCCGGAGGAAACAUCUGCUGGAGACAUUGUAAGCCCAGGUGACAUUCUCAAAGCGUUCGGUGGACUGGGUUCAGGUGCAUCAAAAUCCAUACUGAAAACUGUUGAUGUAUGUGAUCAACCGUCCCCGUCAAAAGAACGUGCUGAUGUGCCACUUGCUCCAAAAGAGGUUGCAAAUGUAUCGGCAGAUCCAGAAUAUGUGGUGGGGAAACAGGAAGCAAAGGUUGCCUUCACAGGAGCGAUUGUGGAGCACGGUGCAUCCGCGACAUCUGAAGCAACACUGGAUAUUGAUGUGGCGGAAAUCGAAGUACCCCAGUCGUUAGCUAAGCCAAAGUCCUUGUUCAAGAGUCGAAAGGGCAGCAAGAAAUAG